GUUUUUUUUGCACCGCCAUUGUCCGCGCGAUAGUUUACUAUUCUCUGCCUGUCAGCCAGCCAGCCAGCCAGCCAGCCAGGCAACCACCUUCAGUAACAAAGCGCACGCUAUUUAUGCGGCUGUCGUGCGUUGGAAGCGUGUGAGGGUGCCUAUCUGAAAAAUAGUUCUUGGACCUGUGAAAGGUACUCGGCGGAUUCUGUUAGGACCACUCGAUAAGGUCGUCGCGGUUGGUCGCAAUUUGUGAAGACGUCUCGGAGCUAUCAUCUUUGCAAGUUUCAGUGCUUUUUCUAACGGCCCCUUAUGUUCGCGUCGAUUUGAUCGUCGAUAGUAUUUGAAACUCGAAAAGAAAUACGCUGUCAACGAUGGGGGUGUUCGAUUUGAACAAGUUGUUGUUCUUUAGCAUUCUUUGGCUUACGGCGAGAACCGCCGAUAUCGAAUCUUCUUUGGGACCACAGUCAAGAUUGAGGGCCGCGCUCUUCCCGUUGUCCUCAAAGUCCUCCGAAGGGACGCCGGCAGCCGCUGUCCCUGCUAUGGUCGAAUCUGCUAUUACUACUACAACCACCGCUGAACCUACUACCAUUUCUUUAAUGGUUACUUCACCAGCGACGACGGAAUAUGAGACGACGAUUAAGGCUGUUUCAUGUCCUAAUGGCCAGGACCCGAUCAUCGACGAGACAUCGUGUUUUAUCCUCUGUCCUCGUGCGGCGGUAUUCUAUGAUUCACCUGGUCCGAAGCCUAAGGGGAUGUCAUGUAUAAUCAAAGAAUACCUACAGGGAACCAAUUCUCUUAAAGCAAAACAUUCGGGUACUUGCAAUGGCGGGGGUCGAUGCAUUAAACGCGACGGUAUUACAGUCACGACGAUGGGGGCUAGCAGCAUGAUUGCUUCCACCACUCCGGUGACAGGGACAACCGUAACUCAGGCCUUGUCCAUCGCAGAUCUCAGUGUCUCAACUAGCAGUCAUCCUUCGUCAGAAGAUCGAUCCUUGAUGAAUUUACCGCCGACGACCACAGCAGUAGCCUAAUGUGCUACCACAAAUUACUUCUAUUAAUCGAAGUGGUGCGCCUAAUAAACGAAACUGCAAGAAAUCGAGCAUAGUACGCCAGUGUUUCUUAUUAUGUUAAUCACUUCUCGUUCAUCCGCACUCAUCCGCACUAUUCCAGUAUCGUAUCUGUCAACGGUCAGCCUUCGAUUUGCCUAUAUAGAAAGGUGGAAAGCUAUAUAGAUAGCUUAAUGUCCAUAUUUAUAUGACUUCAACAGUUGGGAUGAUAGAAUUAGAGGAAAAGCCCCCCUGUGUAUUGAUUGCACCUAUUAAGUACGAAAACUUGAGCCUGCG